AGUUGCGUAUCACAGCAGUGUGCUCAGUGUAGGACACACACACACACUCGUUGGUAUUAGCUGUGCACCUAUCACACCCUUUGUGUGGGCAUCGGUGUCACCUGUCCUCACCUGGGCGUAGCAGGCAAAGAAAGGAAAUAGAACAACUAACUUUUAUUAUUGUUUCCAUUAUGCGGAACGGACCACAAAACGGCUACGGCGGGCAAGGCGGCAGAAGCAACAGCAGCGGCGGUCGCCGCAACGACUACAACGGUGCCCGCCCCUUCGCCGUCCGCACGCGCACCCGCUCGUGGGAGCGCAAGCCCGGCGCCAAACCGAAGAAGGCCAUCACGGCAGAAGAGCGCGCCACACAGCCCAUCAAUCACGUCGUCCCGUUAGAUAUCUCCUUUGGCAACUUUGAGUUCCAAGAGAUGAAAAGCCUCGGCAAGCGCGGUGGGGGCGUGCGGGAACUCUCCUCCCUCCUCCGACAGGCGCGGCGCAAGGCGUCCAACUACGCUGAAAUGCUGCACACACACGAGGGGGCCGAAGCGCGGAGCGGUGAGCUCAUCUCGGCCGCGAUGCAGCGCGCAGCGGGUCUGAAGGUGAAGGACGAUGCGCAGCGCAUCACCAGGGCACUCGCGAAGCGCCGUAGCAAGAAGCGCCAGUCGGCGAAGCGGUGGGCAAAACGCAUAAAAGGACUGGAGGACUCCGUGGAAAACAUCGUGAAGGAUCGAUCCAUUCAAAAGCAGACGAUGCGAGCGCGUAAGGACGCCAAGGUGCGUGCGAAGGAGAAGAAGCGUGGUGUCGCUCCCGGCAGUGGCGGUAAAAGUGGUAAGGGUGGUGACAAGGGUGGGAAGGGAGGCAAGACAGGCUUUGGAGGCAAGAAGUCCUCAAAGAAGCAAGCUGCCGCCGGGGGUAAGCACAAGAAGGGCGGUAAAGGUGGCGGUAGGAAAGGGCGUUCGUAG